UGCGUUUGUCCGAAAAGGUUGUUGCUGAAAUAAUCAGAACAGAAGCUUACUUUCCAUUGCUUUGUAAACUUUUUUCAAGGGAGGCAAACUACAAAGAAAAAGGGGUUGAUUUCUUCAAAUAUCCGUACAGAUUUAUUAAACAGGAAAUUGAAAUUUGGAAGAAAACAGACAAGAAAAGAUUUUGUUCACUUAUCCUGAUAGUGGCUUUUCAAAACAAUUUGAAAAUCGAUGCUAUAGUAAAAAAAAAUGUAUGUUUUAUGAAAUUUAAGGACAUAUUAGGAAUGUGUCAGUUACAAGAAAACACACAUAUUUCAGUCAUUCGUAGUACUCUACAUGAACUGAAAGGAUCCUAUGUCAAACGUGUCGGAAAUGCUUUCCAAUUCCUUCACGACUUUAUUAUGGAGAUAACGACUAUGGUGUUUGGUGUUGAUUGUCCACAAGAGACAAUUCAGUACGCAGACAGUGGUUUUCUGAGACGUCGGGUGAGGAUAGAAGACGAUACAGAAGAGGAAGAUUGCGAUCCCUUCACUGUUUACCUUCCUGAAGAGUACAUUGAAGAUCUUGUGGACAGGUUUAUCAAAGACAUGCAAACAGAACACCUUGUAGAUGUUUUACUCAAUCCAUGUUUAAGGAAAGAGAGUGUCAUUAAAUCCUUUAAGGAAAAAGUAAAAGUGCUUGCAAAGAUUCUUGUCAAAAUUAAGUGUAAAAUAGAUAAAUCGGAAUUUUUAAGAUCGUAUGAAGACUUUGGUUUGUCUAGACUUGAUUUUCUUGAUUGCAAAGAAGAAAUAUGUCCUUUGACUGGAUUCAUUAUAUUUUGUCAUAAUGACAUCUCUUCAUUUUUCUUGAAUAAAAUCAAUCAAACAACGUUAAAAGAUUACAAAAUCUUUUCUGCCGUAUGUGCAAAUGGUAGGACAGAUCUAUUAAAUUCUCUUAGCGAGGAAUAUAAAAAAACAUCAUUAAUGGAAACAUUGGGUAAUUUUUUACCAAUUCAGGUUGCUUCUGUAUUUCAUAAUUUUUCAAUAAUUGAAGAAUUAGUAAGACUUGGUGCUGACGUGAACGAGUUCACAACUAAUGACACACUGACUCCAAUAUUACUGGCGACUGCAAAUCACGAAGAUCAUUUAAAAGAGGCCGGAAUGGAUACAAACGAAGGAGAAAGACGUAAUAAAACAAUUAUGUGCUUAUUGAACAAUGGAAGCGACAUCAAUUUAUGUGAUAAUAAUGGAGCCAGUCCUCUUUAUAUAGCUUGUCAAAAUGGACAUGAUAGUACAGUACAAUUAUUACUGAACAACGGUGUCGACAUCAAUUUAUGUUACAAGAACGGAGCUAAUCCUUUUUAUGCAGCUUGUCAAAAUGGACAUGAUAACAUUGUACAACUGUUACUGAACAACGGUGCCGACAUUAAUUUAUGUGAGAAAAAUGGAGCCAGUCCUCUUUUUAUAGCUUGUACAAAGGGACAUGAUAGCACGGUACAACUGUUACUGAACAACGGUGCCGACAUCAAUUUAUGUAAAAAGAAUGGAGUCAGUCCUCUUAAGAUAGCUUGUCAAAAUGGACAUGAUAGCACAGUACAACUGUUACUGAACAACGGUGCCGACAUUAAUUUAUGUGACAAGAAUGGAGCCAGUCCUCUUUUUAUAGCUUGUACAAAGGGACAUGAUAGCACGGUACAACUGUUACUGAACAAAGGUGCCGACAUCAAUUUAUGUGAUAAUAAUGGAGUCAGUCCUCUUAAUAUGGCUUGUCAUAAUGGAUAUAAUAGCACGGUACAACUGUUACUGAACAACGGUGCCGACAUCAAUUUAGGUGAGAAGAAUGGAGUCAGUCCUCUUUAUAUAGCUUGUCAAAAUAGACAUGAUAGCACGGUACAACUGUUACUGAACAAAGGUGCCGACAUUAAUUUAUGUGAGAAGAAUGGAGCCAGUCCUCUUUAUAUAGCUUGUACAAAGGGACAUGAUAGCACGGUACAACUGUUACUGAACAAAGGUGCCGACAUCAAUUUAUGUGAUAAUGAAGGAUUCAGUCCUCUUUCUAUAGCUUGUCAAAAUGGACUUGAUAGCACGGUACAACUGUUACUGAACAACGGUCCUGACAUAAAUUUACGUGAUAAAGAUGGAAACAGUUCCCUUUAGGUAGCUUGUGAAAACUCACAUUGCAGCACAAUCGAACUUCUAUUAAAUUCAGGUGCUGAUGUAAAUUUAUGCAACAAAGGCAACUGUAGUCCGUUGUUCCUAGCAUGUUUCAAUAGAAAUGAAGGCAUGGUUAAACUGUUAUUGAACAAUGGGGCAGACAUCAAUUUAUGUGACAACGAAGGAACCAGUCCACUCUUCAUAGCCUGUGAAAAUGGACAUUACAGCAUAGUCCAAGUAUUAUUACAAAACGAUGCUUGUGUUAAUUUAUGCAGUAAAGACAAUAAGAGUCCACUGUACAUAACAAACGUAUAUGGUCAUGACAGUAUCGCUGAACUUUUACUACAAUAUGGUGGUGAGCUUUUAUUCUGACGAUGGUUUCAGUGGUUUCUCAAUACCAAGUGCAUUCACAUUAUUUCUGAGAUAUGGAGCAAAAUAAAUUCAAGCUUUGAUUAGACCUUGCAAAAAUGUUGGAAUGCUUGGAAUUCGUGUUUUAUAUUUGGUUUACAGAUAUUUAUUGUGUGGAUUCUUUUUUUUUCUUUGAAAUUUAGUAAUUACUGCAGCACUGUUAAUCGCCAAAUUUUCUGUGACAAUUGAUUUUUUUGAGAUGGAUACUGCGUAUGUAAAAGCGAGAUGGAGAUAUUGCACUUAAUAGAAAUUUUUUCUCUAGAGUUUUUUUUUUUUUUUUUUUUUUUUUGAUAUUUAAUAGUAAUACUUUUAUACGCAAGAAUUAUUUUAUUUUUUUUUUUUUGUAAGAAGACACAAAAAAGGUUCUUUGGAAUAAAAAGUUUACGUAUUCACAGACAUUUAUUAAGUUUACUUAUUUUUUAUGUCAUAUGGCUUUCUUCAUUAUAUCGUACUACUGCUAUUUAAAGGUUUAAGCUAUAAAAAAAAAUUCAGUCUAAUAAAGCGUCUUGUUUCAAGAGAGCAAAGUCUUCCGGCUACAUAAAUCUUUUUGUUCUUGUAAGCAGCAAGGGAGCAGUCGUUAUUUGAUAUAAACCUAAACCAUAGUACUGUGCUUUUGUAAUAUUUAAAUUUAUUGUGUAAGA